GCAAAUGGAUGGGAUUUCUUAUCCUCUCUCUCUCUCUCCCCCUCCCUCCAUCUCUCCUGCCCAAGAUUUCAGAUUACAAAAGAACCCACCAAUGAAAAUUCAGUCACUUCUUUAACCAAAAAUACUUAAAAAGGUUAAAAAAGAGAAGAAAAAAAGAGGAACAAAAUCCUUCACUUCGCUUCAUCAAUGGACUCUCUCUUUGUUAACCAAGCUCUUUCACGCCUCAAGCUCUCUCCAAAACUCACAAUCCCUUCUUCUUUCUUUUCCUAUCAAUCUCCUUCACACCUCAAACCAAACCAUGGUAGAAAACCCUACAAUUCCUUCACACUCUUUGCUAUCCAAGACCAACAAGAAACACAAAACCCACUUCAAGAAACAACUCAAAACAUCGAAGACGACGAGUCGUAUGGAGAAGUCAGCAAGAUCAUCGGAAGCAGAGCAGUUGAAGGUGGUAAAGGCAUGGAGUACUUCAUAGAGUGGAAAGACGGCCAUGCGCCCUCGUGGGUCCCAUCAGAUUUCAUAGCUAAAGAUGUGGUGGCCGAGUACGAGACGCUAUGGUGGACAGCAGCCAAGAAGGCCGACUCGUCGGCUCUUAGUCAGAUUCUAUCGGAGAAUGAAGAUGAACGACGUGACGUUAAUGCUGUGGAUAGUGACGGACGCACAGCUUUGCUUUUUGUAUCUGGGCUCGGCUCUGAGCCGUGUGUUAAGCUCCUAGCCGAAGCUGGAGCUGAACUGGAUCAUCGAGACAACAGUGGUGGCCUGACGGCUCUUCAUAUGGCAGCUGGCUAUGUUAAGCCAGGUGUCGUGAAGUUAUUGGUUGACCUAGGUGCUGAUCCUGAGGUGAAGGAUGAUAGAGGAUUAACCCCCUUGGAUUUGGCCAAGGAAAUUUUAAGAGUGACCCCAAAAGGGAACCCAAUGCAAUUCGGGAGAAGAUUGGGGUUAGAAAGUGUAAUAAGAAACUUAGAGGAGGGAAUAUUCGAGUACGCUGAGGUACAGGAAAUACUGGAGAAAAGAGGGAAAGGGAAGGAUUUGGAGUAUUUGGUAAAAUGGAAGGAUGGCAGUGAUAACGAGUGGGUGAAAGCAAAGUUUAUAGGGGAGGAUUUGGUGAUGGAUUUUGAGGCAGGGUUAGAGUAUGCCGUGGCGGAGGGAGUGGUGGGUAAGAGGCUAGGUGAUGAUGGGAAGAAUGAGUAUCUUGUGAAAUGGACGGAUAUUGAUGAGGCCACGUGGGAGCCUGAAGAGAAUGUUGAUCUUGAUUUGAUCAAGGAGUUUGAGGAGGGACAGAUCAAUGGAGGUGGAAGUGUUGAGGCCCAGUUGACUAGUGAUGGGUUAUAAAAUCUUCUUCUUUCACAUUUGUAAUUUGUAACCGUUAACUUUGAAACGGAGAAAAUCGGUUUUAUGA